AUGCAGACAGGGAGCAUUACAAAAGAGCUUUCUGUACUUCUCUGUCACUAUCUUAAAGAUAGAUUCCCUGAGACAUAUUCAGAACUAACUAAAUUCGUCGAGAAAUAUAAGCUUUUACCAGAAGAUUGUUCUAAUAUUGAAGAAGCUUUAACAGUUCGAUAUCCAAAUUUCCCACCCGAUCAUUUCUUCCAAUUCAUCAAAACUCUUCGUCCGGAAGAUGAUUUUCCUAGUAUUUUCAGGCGUAUCACUCCAUUUCCAAAAAUUUCGAAAAACAAUAAUCUUUUCAUUUCUCACGAUUGCAAAGUUGUUUGUCACAAGGAUUCUAUAUACUGCAUGUACAUAGAUCCAAUGUCUAGAGUACUCAUUACUGGUUCUGAUGAUUUCUCAAUAAAAGUUUUUAAAUUACCAGAAUUUGCUUUUGUCAAACGCUUAGUUGGUCAUGAAGGAUGUAUAACAAACAUCUCAUGCAAUCCUCUUUGCACAAUGCUUCUAUCUUCAUCUCAUGACAAAACUAUCAGACUUUGGUCAUUAGUUACAGGAAAAUGCAUAUCGGUACUUGCAAACUUUUCAUAUGACGUCGUACAUUCCGCCGUUUUCUCACCCAGUGGCUCAAUGAUCGCUGCAGCUUGUGAAGACGGCACUGUUCCACUCUGGACGACACCAGAUGCUAUACAAGGCAAGCCCCCAUGCCGUAUUCUUCGUUCUCCAGGCAAAGGGCCCGUUGCUUGGGUCACAUUUUCUCCUGGUGGCGAAUUUCUUGCCUAUUCUUCCGAACCAAGCCACGUAACGGUUGUUCCCCUCAAGACAAUGACACAGACUAUCCUGGAUCUUCACCAAAGCCUUGUGGAUACCGUAAUGUUCACUCAUGGAUUUUUCGGCAACGGAGAAUACGGACCAAGACUGAUGACAGUUAGCGGUGACGAUGGUGCCGUCGCAUGUUGGCAAAUGGAAUCCGGAAGUUGGAAGACCAAAUAUACUAUUAAACACGGCGCAGGACGACAGAAGGCCAAGAUCCUCAAGGUUGUAUCAGAUAUCAAUGAGAGAGUUUAUGUAAUUGCUCGUACGACCCAUCUUUACCUCGCUGAUAUGAUAACCGGCGAACCUCUUGGAACAUUCCCAGAAAUUCCUUUAUGUGAGGAAGUUACGUGCAUCGCUGCUCACCCAUUUAAUUCUGAUAUCUUCUUCAUCGGAAAUACAAGCGGAGAUGCAGCUCUCGUCGAUGCAAGUAAAUUAGAGGUUAUUAGUUCAGUAAGUCACGCAAUGGGAGCAUUAAAUGAAGCUUGCUGGGCUUCUGAUGGCUCUGCUGUCUAUGCUAGCGAUAGUGAAGGCGGAGUUGCAAUUUUCAAGAUUACUCCAACAAAACUCGAAUUAAAAUCAGUCAGAGAAAUGGAACUUUUCGAAGGACACGAAUUUGGUCACAAACAUAAUUUAAUUUGCGAUAAAGCAGGAAAUAAAAUAGAACCACAGCCAAAGACAUACGAUAUUAGAGAAUUAGACUUACCAAUCAACAUGUUACAAAGCACAUUCCUCCGUGACUGUGCAAACGAGCUCGCUCUCGUUCAAAGAAUUAUUACAAAUGAUCAUCCUGAGCCAGUAGCUCCUGAAAACCACUUAAACAUCGCUCCUCCAACACAUAUUCCUGUAACAAUCGACGUUUUGAACAAUCCACGUGGUCCAAAUGUCGUAUUUGAAGAAGAUACUAUUGCUGAAGAAGAAGAUGGAGAUCUAACCAUUGAUAUCGACUCUACAAGCGAUGAAUGGGAUUUGGAUACAGGUUUGGCCGGAGAUGAUGAUGACAAUGAUUUUACGAUGAUGGAACAAAGCACUGAUAUGAUUCCAAACAGGUGGCCAGCAUGGCAAACAGCUAUAGUUGCUGAUGAGCUGUUUUACAUUCCACAAGUUGGAGACGAAAUUGUAAUCGCAGCAGAUGCUUAUAAAGAAGUAGGCGAAAAGUAUAAUUUCCCAUUACCAGAUGACAGAUCAUUCUCUCAAGGACCAGUCAGAGGUAUCAUUACUGAUAUCGGAUCACAUGAAGCUGGAAUUUUGGUUACAUGCCAAAUUAAAGCUUCAAAUGUACAGAUAAUUUAUCCAAUCCCAGCAACGCAGACACGGUUUUUAGAUACACUAACCAGAUCCAGAUCGGUUUCCGAGUCAAUUUCUCGGUUCUCCCCCCAAGCAAGAGUUUCUGUGGCCCAUAUUGAGGGGGCGACGAUCAAAAUUCAGAGGGGCGUAAUUUCGAAAGUCAACAAAGACAUUUCUGAGCAUCCUUACAACUCAGUGCAUGUCAGAUGGGAUGAUAAUGGCGGCGAGAACACCAUUUCUCCUUGGGAUGCGUUUUCUGUUGGAAGAAAAAGAAUUCUUCCGACAUUACCUCAGUUAACGCAAAAUGUCGAGAGAACAGCACUCUCUGUCAUCGAUUCUGCAUGUGGAAAGGAGCCUGCCAUGGUAUCUCUCAAGAAAUUUGAUGAAGAAGCGAUUGAAAAAAUUUCAUUUCCGAUGUCAUUGAUUCUUUUGAGGGAAAGAGUGAAAGGAUCAUGGUAUAGAACUCCUAGAGCUCUUAUUUAUGAUAUAGAGAAACUUGUUGGCGUUGCAAAUGAAGUAUUUGGCGCCGAAUCACCAGUUACAGAGAACACAAAAUCUGCUGUACAACAUAUGAUAUCUAGUAUCAACAAGGCAGCGAAAUCUUCAACAAAGAAGAAAUCUCAUUGA